CUCGCAUUGGAGAAGGCUGCAAGUUCGGAUUGAAUGUUCAGGCGGGGUCUGUUCAGCAGGCCCCUCCCUCUUCUCAGCAUUGAGUAGGAAAUGUCAUUGUGAGCGUAGAAGCGCUGGAGCUGGCUCCGCAUCCCCCAGGCCUGGAUUUCGCCUUCUGCCUUUCCUCACACUGUGAUGUGGACGGUGAUUUUAGGAGAGAGAAAGAGACCGAGUGAGGGAAGGAGAAGCCGGCGAGGCUGUGCAGUCAGGAACGAAGCACUUUGAUAAAGCUUUCCCAGCCGCCACCGAACGCUUCCCUCUGCUGCCCCCACCCCGCCACCUUUAAGCACACCCCCACCCCGGGAGGAGGAGGAGCGGCCAGCGGGGGGAAUCCAACAUGGCGGAGCACGCAGUCCAGGAGAACAAGCACAAAGCACAAGCCGCCAACUCCGGAGCCUCCUCCCCCGCCCAAAGCUCCGGGCGCUCCGUCGCUGCCGUCAACAAUAGCAGUAGCGGCGGCGGUGCGCAUUCUCCCGGGGGAGGGGGCCAUGGAGGACUGUCGGGCGGUUUGUCGCAGCCGGCGGGCUGGCAGUCUCUGCUCUCCUUCACUAUUCUAUUCCUGGCCUGGCUGGCCGGCUUCAGCUCAAGGCUCUUCGCUGUCAUCCGCUUCGAGAGCAUCAUCCACGAGUUCGACCCCUGGUUUAACUACAGAUCUACACAUCACCUAGCAUCCCAUGGCUUUUAUGAAUUUUUAAAUUGGUUUGAUGAACGGGCAUGGUAUCCACUGGGGAGAAUAGUAGGUGGAACAGUAUACCCUGGAUUAAUGGUUACAGCUGGGCUCAUCCAUUGGAUUUUAAACAUGUUAAACAUAACCGUUCAUAUACGAGAUGUAUGUGUGUUCUUAGCACCAGUAUUUAGUGGCCUUACAUCAAUCUCCACUUUCCUGCUCACUCGAGAACUGUGGAACCAGGGAGCGGGACUUCUAGCUGCCUGCUUCAUUGCUAUAGUGCCAGGAUACAUAUCCAGAUCAGUAGCUGGAUCAUUUGACAAUGAAGGCAUUGCUAUCUUUGCACUGCAGUUUACAUAUUAUUUGUGGGUAAAAUCUGUAAAAACAGGCUCUGUCUUCUGGGCAAUAGGUUGUUGUCUGUCUUAUUUUUAUAUGGUUUCCGCCUGGGGUGGUUAUGUGUUUAUCAUUAAUCUUAUUCCACUACAUGUGUUUGUACUGUUACUGAUGCAGAGAUACAGCAAGAGAGUCUACAUAGCUUACAGCACUUUUUACAUUGUGGGUUUAAUACUAUCAAUGCAGAUUCCCUUUGUGGGAUUUCAGCCAAUACGGACAAGUGAACAUAUGGCAGCUGCAGGGGUCUUUGCCCUGCUGCAAGCCUAUGCCUUCCUUCAGUACUUGAGAGACAAACUAAGUAAGCAGGAUUUCCAGACACUGUUUUUCCUCGGUGUAUCGUUGGCAGCUGGAGCUGUAUUUCUCACUGUCAUCUAUUUGACUUAUACAGGCUACAUUGCUCCAUGGAGUGGAAGAUUUUACUCACUUUGGGACACAGGGUAUGCGAAAAUCCAUAUCCCCAUCAUUGCAUCUGUGUCUGAACAUCAACCAACAACAUGGGUGUCCUUCUUUUUUGAUCUGCAUAUAUUAGUAUGUACAUUUCCUGCAGGACUUUGGUUCUGCAUAAAAAAUAUCAACGAUGAAAGAGUUUUUGUUGCUCUGUAUGCAAUUAGUGCCGUUUACUUUGCUGGCGUAAUGGUUCGUUUGAUGCUGACCUUGACUCCUGUGGUUUGCAUGCUGUCGGCCAUUGCCUUCUCCAAUGUUUUUGAGCAUUAUCUGGGUGAUGAUAUGAAGCGGGAAAACCCCCCAGUGGAAGACAGCAGUGACGAAGAGCGAAAUUCUGGUACACUCUAUGAUAAGGCUGGCAAAGUGAGAAAGCAUGUGUCCGAGCAGGAGAAAGCAGAGGAAGGUCUUGGCCCUAAUAUAAAGAGUAUAGUCACUAUGUUGAUGCUAAUGCUGUUGAUGAUGUUUGCUGUACACUGUACGUGGGUAACUAGCAAUGCUUACUCCAGCCCUAGUGUGGUAUUGGCGUCAUACAAUCACGAUGGAACACGAAAUAUCUUGGAUGACUUCAGAGAAGCAUACUACUGGCUAAGGCAGAAUACAGAUGAACAUGCCCGUGUUAUGUCCUGGUGGGAUUAUGGCUACCAAAUUGCAGGAAUGGCUAAUCGAACCACUUUAGUAGACAACAAUACGUGGAACAAUAGCCACAUAGCUUUGGUUGGAAAAGCAAUGUCUUCAAAUGAAACCGCUGCUUAUGAAAUAAUGAAAAGCUUGGAUGUAGAUUAUGUACUAAUAAUAUUUGGGGGUGUAAUUGGAUAUUCUGGUGAUGACAUCAACAAAUUCCUCUGGAUGGUUCGAAUAGCAGAAGGAGAACAUCCAAAAGAUAUCAGGGAAAGUGACUACUUCACACCACAAGGAGAGUUUCGUGUAGACAAAGCUGGAUCUCCAACCUUGCUCAAUUGCCUCAUGUAUAAGAUGUCAUAUUACCGGUUUGGUGAAAUGCAGCUUGAUUUCCGAACACCACCUGGAUUUGACCGGACACGUAAUGCUGAAAUUGGGAAUAAGGAUAUUAAAUUCAAGCAUUUGGAAGAAGCAUUUACAUCGGAGCACUGGCUUGUUAGAAUAUACAAAGUUAAAAAGCUAGAAAACAGAGAGGCACUUGAUCAUAAACCUAGAGUAACCAAUAUUGUACCAAAACAGAAAUAUUUAUCAAAAAAGACAUCUAAGAGGAAGCGUGGCUACAUUAGGAACAAGCUGACACUGAAGAAAGGCAAGAGACCAAACAAGAAGUCUGUCUAAACAAACUUAACUCACAGGAACUUGUCCUGGUGAUGGCCAGCAUUUGCCUUUAGGUGAACUCAUGUUUCUACACUAACAUGAGGGUACAGAACCAUCUUUGGUCCAGAUUAUUGUACAAAAUUUUCAGGCAAUGUCUGAUCCAAUAUAUAUAAUUGGCUUAUUAAGAACAGCUGUUCUAGAUUUAUAAUGUAAAGCCAGACAGAUGCUGUACCAGAAUAACAGCAGAUUUUUUUUUUUUUCCCCCAAAUCUGUUCACAAUUUGGACUGCACCAAAGAGCCCUCUAAUAUGGUCAUUGGCACAUGUCAAUUUAUUAGUUUUUCUUUUCUCCAAAUAAAAUAAUAAACACACAAUGCAUAUUCCUCAUGAGGCCCAGACAGAAAUAACAGGAUAAGUGCAGUUUGUGGAUUCUUGAAGUGAACAGUUCUUAUGCCUGUCAACUGUAAUACAAAGAAAUACAAGGAUAAAGCAUGACUUAAUGAAAUUUAAACAAUAAAGUAAAAAUUUGUUUGCUCUAGCUGUUUUUAUUUUUAAGACUUUCAAGCUGUACAAAAAAUAACUUUGGUCUUUACCAGGCAUGUGAAAGUUAACUACAUUCGCUUUUAAUUUUGUACAAUUUAGAACAAUCAAUGGUGAAUCAGAAUGGCGUCCAGUACAUUGUACUUAAUCAAAGGCACAGCGAAGAGAGAAACUCAAACCUUGCUGACACUGGGGGAGUUGCUCCUGCAGUUGUUGUGCUGGGGAGACUCUAAUAUUCGCAAAUAAUGCCUUUUUCAUACUGAAACAUCGACAAAAUCCUGUUAUUUGUGUUUGUUACUGAAAAUUUUAAUUGUUUUUGCCAUGAGGUCCAAGAUAAAGGUUUCUGGUUGAACGGAAAUUGAAGAUGGUUUGUAUCCAUUCUUCUCUUCUAGACAACCAAUGCAUUUGAUCCCAAACAGUGGCUGCUGAACGACUUUGUCAUAUUUAGAGCUCUGGAGUAAAUUUGGGCAGUUGUAUUUGAAUGCUUACAGCUUUCAGAUGUUUUGAUGUAAGCAAGUAUACAACUAUAGAAUUAUUUUGAUGAAUUAUAGUGUAAAAACAGAAGGUAUCUUUAAAUGCCUCCCUGAGAUUCUAGAUUUUUUGUGAAUUCUUUUUGUUUGUUUGUAUUUCUUAAUUUGACUAUGGAUUUGGUUUCUUUUGGCUUAAUUUGAUCUCAUUUUUUAUGUGUUCUUUGUAGAAAAAAAAUGACAAUUGUGUCAAUUGAAAUGCACUAUAUUGUAAAUGGGGUAAAGAAUAUGGGCGGCUAUGGUAACAUUUUGCCAUUUGCUCAUUUCCCAGAUAUUUUUGGUUUUUUUUUUUAGAUCUUGAUGGAAAAUAAUGCUGUGGAUUUUGCACCUAAAGCAGACAUUUUUGCUACAUAUGGGCACACCAAUAAUUGUGAAACCAGGAUUACACAAUGUGAGCCAUAUGCCUCAAAGCCAGCUCUACCUGUAAAUUCAUGCAACCUUGCAACUGAAUUUCACAGGUGUAGGUGGAAGGUGACGCUCUAUAGCAAGAAGGUUUUAGUGUCUGUUUCCCUAAAAGAUCGAUAUACAUAUAUUUGUACUUUUUUUUCUUUUUUUCUUCUGCUUAAACUAAAGUCCAUAGAGUCACUUAAUUGUAAAGCGUUUUUAAGUGACUCAAACAUAAAGUGACCGGGGGGGGGGAUUUGUUUGUCUAAGAUUUAAAAAAAAGAAAAACCGCUUAAAAUUUGUUUGAAUAUAGGGGAAUAAAGUUUUAUUAAUACUU